AUGAUUAAACUUGCCCGCGAGUCGUCAACAUCCAUCUGCUUGCCUCCUCCAUCAUUCUGUCUGGACGGGAAGCCAUCCACAUGCGUCGUUGUCAGCCCCGACGGACAGACGGAAACGCAAAUCGAGCCGAUGGAAGAAGAAAGAUGCAAUGUUCGCCACGGCUACAACGUCAACAUAAACGGCCUCUACGAAAACUGCGCUCGAUCUGGCUCAUUUUCCCAGAAACAAGGGUGUUCUUUUGCUCCUGGAAGCCCAAUCAUGUGCCGAUUUCCUCAAGACAACACCUGGGUCCUGUAUGGAAUCGUCAAUACUGUCAAAGAAUGUGGCGUCGAAUCGGCCUCCGUUUACACCAAAUUCAAGACCGUGAGCAGCUGGGUGAACCAAUACCAAUCCAUUGAUUCUGGCCUAUCCGAGCCGAACGAAGAUGAAAUAUGCGACUAUGUAACCAGCAGGAGUAGUGCGGGCCUCAAGUUGCCGGACAAUGAAGACGCAAAAGGCUGGCAAAAAGAGGGAAUUUGCGGUGUUCCAGAUGUUCAGCCAAAAGCACCCCCAGUGGAAUUCUCCGGGCGAAUUAUCGGCGGAGAGCACGCUGUUAAAAAUUCUUGGCCUUGGCAAACCUACAUCGUCUCUUGCCAACAGGAUGGCUGCAUGACUUGCGGAGGGACACUGAUUUCGCCGUACUGGGUUCUGACUGCUGGCCAUUGUGUUCCGACUGGAUAUGGGGCGCAAGGAUAUGCUCUUUUUGGCGCGCAUAAGAUUUCGGAGAAGAAAGAGCAUAUUGACUCGAUUGAUAUUCGGGAGUUCGUGAUUCAUCCAUCUUACGAGAGACGAAUCCUAAAACACGAUAUCGCUCUUGCCCGUCUUGUCAAGCCAGCACCAAUGGGAGAUCUUUCCGAAGUUCGACCAAUCUGUCUACCAGACAGCUCAAUUUGCCUACCGGAAGCGCAGAAAUGCGUCGCAGUUGGCUGGGGCGUCACGUCAGAAAACUCGGAUCAAUCGUCGGACAUUUUGAUGCAGGUGUCGGUGCCGCUCAUCCCUCGAUCCAAGUGCGUCAAACUGCCGAAGCCCUACAAUCUCGUCUCUCCAUAUGCAAUCUGCGCUGGAUUCGAUGAGGGCGGACAAGAUGCUUGCACUGGCGACUCAGGUGGACCCCUUCUCUGUCAAACUGGCGAAGAAUCGCCCUGGAUUGUUUAUGGCGUCACCUCCUGGGGAUACGGCUGUGGCCGCGCUGGCAAGCCCGGAGUCUACACCCGAGUCAAUUUGUACAACAAAUGGAUCACCAGCGUCACCGGCAUCACUCCAUCCAUCAACGACGAUGAUUACCCAAAAGUCUCUUGCGACGAUGAAAAACGAGAGCGAGCGUUUUUGGCGACAACCACAACCACGACCACCAGCACAACGACAACGACGACUACAAUGAAGCCAACAACAGAGCCUCCGACUGAGAAGCCCUUGCCAGAAAAUCCACAGGAUCUGUCAAUUUGCUCGAACCCAGCUUUCGCUCCUAGAACAUCCCUGUUUAAUCAACUUCCAGCACACAGAAGGCGGCGACAAGCCAGUUUGGGUGCGAACUUCUUUUUCAACAAUUAUCUUCCUCCAACCUCUUCCGAAAAAAAGAAAAGGAAAAAGCAGAAAAACAAAAAGAGCCCAAGUGCAGCUUUUUCUGAACUAUUCGCCCCUCAAGUCGAAAAAGCGACGAUUCCAGAAUUCGUCGAAGAUCCAAAUUUUAAGCGAAUUGUUGGUGGACAAGUUGCACUCAAAAAUUCCUGGCCUUGGACUGUUUACAUCAAAAUUUCGAACCAGAAGAAGUCGGACUACUGCGGCGGAACACUCAUCGGCAAUCAAUGGGUCCUCACUGCAGCUCACUGUAUUCCAAAAUUCUCGGUCAAUGUCACUUCUGAGGAUGGAAGGUCGAUCACGAAGUCGCCAAAACUGACCCUCCCGAAUCUUGAAAAACGGUUCGACAUCAAGAAACGGUCCAGAGAAGAGCUUAAGGGUGUGUUCAAAAUGAAAGUGUUCCUUGGAGUCCAUGAUUCGACUGAUGAGGGUUUGGCAAACGCGGAAUCAAGGGACGUUGUCGACAUCAUCACUCAUCCAGAAUUCAACCGGCCCCAAGACUACAAUAACGACGUCGCCCUUCUCAAGCUAGAAACACCGGUCCAUUUCUCCGACAACAUCUCGCCUCUUUGUCUACCAGACGAAAAAGUCUGCAUGAAGGAAGGCGUCCCUUGCGUGACUGUUGGCUGGGGAAUCACUGACGAAAAGAACGUCACCUCCACCGCUGAUGAGCUGCAAGAAGUCGUCGUCCGCGUUAUCAGCAAUGAGAAGUGUUUGACCUAUCCAGACUACACUGAUAAAGUUACCGAGCAGAUGGUCUGCGCGGGCUACAAGGAUGGUGGAAAAGAUGCUUGCUCAGGCGAUUCAGGAGGACCGUUGAUGUGCAAGGUCAGAGAAAACGGUCCAUGGGUGUUUUAUGGGAUCACAUCAUUUGGCAUCGGUUGCGCGCGGCCUAAUGCGCCAGGAGUGUACGCACGUGUGCCCCAAUUUGUCGAUUGGAUCAAAGAGAUGACGCAACUAGAACCUGGCAUCACCACCGACGCUUUCCCAGAACUCUCGAAAGACAAGCAAUGCGGCGGAUGGAUAGACGAAAACUUUAAACCCUUUGACGAAGCUAAAGAAAAGUCGGAAUUCUUCGACGGAGUUGAUGGUCGAGAGGCUCAAGAAUGCGAUGUUCUUGAAACUGCUCCAGCAAAGAUAACAUCUGAGAAUCAUCCGAAGCCGUAUUUGCCUGAUACGGACUGUAGGUAUUGCGUCAAGUCGAGUCAGGAUGGUGGAUUCGUGCAGUUGGAGAUUACGGACUUGAGACUGGAUCAGAAAAGAAACUGCUAUCCGAAUGAUGACUAUAUCAUCGUCGAAGAUUUGGCAGGAAAGCCGAUCUCUAACCCUAUCUGCCGAAUCAUUCGUCGAAGCCCCAUCAAAGCAAUGGCCGAAGAAGCUAUUUGUAUACGAAUGAUGUCUAACGAAAAGGUUCAACGGGCCGGAUUCAAGGCUCUCUUCAGCGAAGUCAACGAAUUCCAAUCCGCUUGUGGAGGCAAUGCCAAUUCCGUUGCUGCUGUCAACGAUCGAUAUCCAAGGCGAAAGCUUUCGGCGGAGAGGACGAUUGAAAGCGCGAACUUCCCAGGUCGCAAAGGCGGAAAAACUGGUGGAAAAAAGCGCGUUCCUCCCGGCAGCGAGUGCUCCUGGCACAUCGAAGCUCCAAACAAGAACCAAGUCGUCCAGAUCAAUUUCUCAUUCUUCAAGCUCGCCAAAAACUGCAAAUUCCACUUCGUCGCGCUAUACAGUUCCCCUGACUGUAACAAGGACAAUCUGACUCCCGAAAAUCAGAUCGCGGUUCUCUGCGGAUUGAAGAAGAGGAAAUCAGUUUGGGAGCACUUUUCUCAGGGUCAAGGAUUGUGCGUCGUGAUGGUUACCGACAAGACUUCUGUUUCUGCUGGUUUUCAGGCGACUUAUCAGGCUAUCGCCAAAAGCGCUGUCCCUGUGCGAGAAACCCAAGGAUCCCGAUCCAACGAACUCGGAUUUUCCAACACUGAGCGCGUCCAGAUCCCUGAAUCCAUCGGGAAAAAAUACUGGGUCAUUGGAAACUAA